AUGUCAACUGGUAGCUACGUCGCUUUACCCAUCGACGAGUCUCCCUCGCCUUCUGUCACCGCUUUCCUCUCCGCCUUUGGCUCUGUCGCUAUCCAAAAGGCCAACGCUGGAGUUGUCUUCCGCAUCUCCCCAUCAAAAUGGGGGAUCCUCGCCGACGGUGUAAAAGCCAGCGUCAUCGCGGAGGCGUUCUUGUCUACUUCUGAAAAGUGGGAAGGGGGCCCUACCUAUACGCAUGCGCAAGGAUCACCGAGGUUACAAACAAUGGACUUCUUGGCGUCUAAACUGACCCCACCGAAGCAAGGCGAGAGUAAUCUAGCCUGUGGAUUAGAAGUGCGGUUCAAGGCGAAGGAGGGAAAGGAGGAAGAUGUGAGGCAAUUCUUGAAAGGAGCAGUUCCAUUGGUUGAAGCAGAGCCUGACACACUGUUGUGGUACGCCAUUGAGUUCCCAGAUUCCCCGCGGGAGUUCGGGAUUAUCGAUGCAUUUCCGUCUGAGGCAGGGAGAAAGGCACAUUUAGACGGCAAAGUCGCCGCCGCACUAUUUGGACCAGGGAAGGAGCUCUUGGAGGGGGAUCCAAGUGUGCAGAUGUUUGAUGUUCUGGAGGCGAAGAUGUGA